AUGGAUAUUUUAACAAAUUUCUACUCCUACCCAGCUUUCUCUGUGCAAAAUUCGUGGUCAUCGACUGAGGGACUGGAAUCUUCAUCUUUAUCUGACAAUGGCAUUAGCAGAGCCAAUUUUUCUGAUGAGGAAGUUUUAUUAGCUUCAAACAACCCAAAAAGGCGUGCAGGGAGGAAGAAGUUUAACGAGACGAGGCACCCUGUUUAUCGGGGUGUGAGGCGGAGGAAAUCUGGUAAGUGGGUGUGUGAAGUUAGAGAACCCAACAAGAAGUCGAGAAUUUGGCUGGGAACUUUCACCACCGCUGAAAUGGCUGCGAGAGCUCACGAUGUGGCGGCAAUAGCGCUUCGAGGGCGGUCCGCUUGCUUGAACUUUGCUGAUUCAGCUUGGAAGCUACCGGUUCCGGCCUCGACUGAUGCUAAGGACAUUCAGAAAGCUGCAGCAGAAGCAGCCAAGACCUUUGGACAACCGAAUUCCGAGUCCGAUUCGAAGGAGGAAGGCACCGCUAUAUCGCAGGAAAAUGUGUUCUCUACCGAUGACGAGGCUCUUUUUGGAAUGCCGGGGUUGAUUGACAAUAUGGCUGAAGGGUUGAUGCUACCUCCUCCUUACUACCUGGACACUGAUGAGAUGGAAUCAUAUGCUUACGACUCUUUAUGGAGUUAUUCGAUUUGA